AUGGAGAAAAAUUAUAUAGCAUUGCUGACUAUUACAAGUGGAGUGUUGCGAGACAAGUACACAAAUACACAGAACAAGCUUAAAAUGAGCGUCAGCGAUUGCUGUUGCUGGGAAAUACUUUUCAGCUUAUUAAAUAAACAUAAACACUUUGUUUUGAGAUUAUCAUUUAAUGAAACUAAUCGGUUGAACAUAAAAAUGAAGUUAUAA